UUUGUAGUCAGAUCAUGUUUAGUCACUGUUGAUGAAUAGCACAAUGAAUUGUGUUAUUCUUUGAAUGAGGAAGCAUGAUGCAUUUGUCUCUGAAUAACUUUGUUGAAGCUUAGAAGGAAAUGUUUUCACCCUGUUGCUGAUUUUGCACAGAUAAAUGGAGGUUAUUUCAAAAAUGCUACACUUUGAAAUGCCAUAGGAGGCGUGGGGGGGGGAGGGCUUUGCAUUUUACUCAUUUCAGUGAGCUGAACCAACAGAAAGUCUUUCGAACCUGCAGAGAAGAUGAAUGUGUGUACGUGCGGCUGCAGCGUGCGUGAGUGUGCGCAACAAGAGGCACAAGUGGGAGAAACAGCGAGCGUGUGUGGCAGACAGAUGGUCACUCAGUGGAGUUGUUCCCCAUCUCUCUCUCUCUCUGAUUCCCUUCUGGGUCCUACAUCCUCCCCCUUUGUCACCUCUCCAAAGUCUUACCUCAUCUUUUUUUUCCCUCUCUUCCACACCUUUUCCGCCCUCGUCUUCAUCGGUUAAGCCCGGACUUGGAUCCUCACUCACCGUGCCGCCCCUUAUCUUUUCUCUGUCUCUCCCUCUCUUCCCCUCCUCAGCUACAUCUCCGCUUAUUUUUUGCUGACGACAUCAACUUGAAAAUAUCAAGAGCUUUUUUUUUCUGAGUGUCAUUCUGGACCCUGUUGACACAGCACAAAGGACACUGAAGAGAUUUGGGGAUUUGUGUGGGGGUCAAAAAGGGGGAAACUCGAAAGAAAAGACUGACAGAUAUGACCAGCAAACCAAUCUGAGUCAAAACCGCCUUGAAAACAUAAACUAAAUUAAAAAAACAACACAAAACAGGUUUUCUUUCUGUUCUGAUAUAGAGUGUUUCUUUAGCCGUAGCAUGUUUAUUUAUUUUGCAGAUUGCCCAGAGUGACUAUUGUCCUUAGAAAUUAGAGAUAUUUGACUUAAAAAACAAAACUCAGGUUCAGUCAUGCACCUCGGGUCAGUCCACCCUGACAUCCUGCUCCUCCUGGGCAUGCUCCUGUUGUGGGGACCUUUGGGAUCCAGGGGCCAGAAUGACACAGAGCCCAUCAUCCUCGAGGGGAAAUGUUUGGUAGUGUGUGACUCUACGCCUUCGUCCGAGCCUGCCGGAAACGCCCUGGGCAUGUCGGUGCGCUCUGGCUCGGGUCGGGUGGCCUUCUCUGCCAGCCGCCAGACCAACCACGAGCCGACAGACAUGAGCAACCGCACCAUGAUCAUCUACUUUGAUAAUAUUUUGGUUAACGUGGGCACUCAUUUUGACCAAGAAAGUAGUGUGUUCCUGGCACCAAGGAGGGGGGUGUACAGCUUCAACUUCCAUGUGGUGAAGGCCUACAAUAGACAAACUAUUCAGGUUAGCCUGAUGGUGAACGGCUGGCCAAUGAUUUCGGCAUUCGCCGGGGACCAGGACGUGACCAGAGAAGCCGCCACCAAUGCCGGCCUGGUGAUUAUGGAGAAGGGCGACAAGGCCUACCUCAGACUGGAGAGAGGCAACCUGAUGGGAGGCUGGAAGUACUCCACAUUCUCAGGCUUCCUGGUUUUCCCCUUGUGAGAAAGAUAGAGGGUUGAAGCGCCGCAAAGUGAGAAUGAUUGAGAGAAAAAAGGGGAAGAGGUGGUGGGAGAAAAGAAAGGCUUCAAUCUGUAACCUUAUAUAGUGCAUGAAAAGAUGGCUUUUAUGCAAAAAUGAGAUGAUUGUUCAAAUGGACCAAAAAGAAAAUGAGAGUAGAUGGCAAAGAUAAUUUCUCUGAGGAAUUCAUUGGCUCUGUUUUGUUUGGGUUUUUUUUUUUAAUGUCUAAAUGCUUGUUAUAGGAGAUACUUUGUGGCAAAAUUCUAAAGUAGCCAUUUAAAACAUGGGCUUCUGUGCUAGAGUACCUAAAAGCUUCUGUUCUUAAGUGUUUCAACACUGCUGUGCUCCACAUGCCAUCCUGUCUAUGUUUAAAAAAUCUCUUUAUUCUAGUGUGCUGUAUGACUGCUGUUCCUCUAUAUGCCUGUUAGUAUAACGCAACAAAUGUUUAUUUACAAAGAAAUUUCUAUCAAAGACCAAAUAAAAUAGUCUAAAUCUGGGUCAGUAUUUCA